AUGUCAAUAGUUAAAGAGGAAUCGCCCAAAGGGCAGAGCCUGCAAUGGACAAAAGUGGAGGAGAUACGGCUUUUCAAGUGGAUGACUUUGUUUAAGCCCGCUGGCAUACAUAAGCACUUUCAUAUGAUCUGUUUGCUGGAGCGUUUGAACAAGCCAGAUCAGUAUCCCAUUAAGCUUUUGCAAGGUGAUAAGGGCAGUGGUGGGAAAGUGUUUUCCGGAGAAGAUGUAUGGGAGCAUUUGGAUCAAUAUUACGACUUGGAGAAGGCUGAUGAGGUGGAGAACAGGCCGUAUCCCAAUAUAGACUUGGAGUUGUAUCAUACGAAAUAUCACGAGGAUAGUAAUGAUGAAGAAGUGGAAGAUGAGGAUGACGAAGAUUACGAGGUGAUUCCAUUGCAGAAUCGGUUGACGAAAGAGACGGAAUUCGAGCUACCGUGGGAAGAAUAUGGGGAUUUGAUGCUUGAGCAUGCACAUAACCAUAACGAAUUGGAGGCCGAGCAAGAGGUAACAAUUCGGGAUGAACAAGAAAAGGAAGAAGAAGACGAAGAAGAAGUAGAAGAAGUGAAACAGGACAACAGCCACGAUGACGAGAAAGAAGAUGAGAAGGAAAGGGAGGAUGAGGCAAGCAUCAAGGACACAGAACCUACCUCUGAAACUGAGGAAAAACUAGAGUCAAAGUCUGAAGAACCUGUCGAGCCUAAGGCAUCGGAUGCUUCUAAGGAAUCGGAUGAUGGGACGAAAGAGCCUGAGGGGGUCACUGAAGAAGCCAGUGGGGCAAAGGAGGUGAUACAAGAGCCUGAAGAGGAGACAAAGUCUACAGUAAACCCCGAAGAGGAAGAGAAACCUACGGAACAGGAAGAAGAGGAAGAAGAAAACAAAGAAAAGGAAGAAAACCCCACAGAAGAAACUGAAAAGGAAGAAAAGGUAACAGAGAACCAUGAAAAGUCAGAGGAUCCAGAAGCUGCGAAGGGUCCUGAAAAGAAAGAAGAACCGGAAACUGCAGAAGAACCUGUAAAGGUAGAGGAUGCACACUCUGAAACCACUAAAAAUUCUAUCGAUUUGGAAAAAAAACCAAGAACAAGAUUAUCGACAAGACUCACUCGUUCGCAAAAGAGAGGUUUGGAUGAAGAAAGUGAAAAUGAACACGAUAAUGAUCAUGAACAUGAAGGAACUCACACAGAGGGAUCGACUCAGCCAUCAAAGUCUGCAACUCCAGAUGAACAUGGGCAAACGCCAUCUAAGCAGGUUACUUUCGCAGAUGAAAAUGGCGAGGAUGCUACAGACCUAAAGGACAAGCAAACUACAACAGGGAAAGACGAAACUGCAGAGCAGCCUACCACCCGUGUAAAAAAACAAAAAGUAGCUUCUCAUGAUGAAAACACCGCUGAUCCGCUAGUCGAUGUGGAUUCGCCAGCUAGAAGAACAAGAAGGAAAUCAGUAACUAAACCAGUAACUAGACUCUCUAGUAGACUUAGAAGUAGGAAGUAA